AUGCACUGGGACGAGUAUGAGACUGCUCUCGCCUGCGUGCUCUCGCGCCGGCAGUCCGGCGACAUUGUGAUUAUCUGUGCUGACACUAAUGCAAGCAUCGGACGCGGCUGCCUUGGCGCGGGCCAAAAUGCCGACUACGGUGCGGUUGGCCCCCAUGGUAUCAACUUUCUCAACGACUCUGGGCGCCGCUUGCGCUCGUUCAUGGAGCUGCACGACCUUGCUGCGCUGUCUUCGUUCUUCAAGAAGCCGUUUAACGGGACGUGGCUGCACCCGUGCAGUAAGCUGCAGAAGCAGCUGGACCACAUCAUGAUCUCCCGAUGCGACGUGAAAAGAUUCACAGACGCCGGGGCAUGCUGUGGACAGUUGAUCGACAGUGACCACAGUGCUGUCUUCUGCAAGCUGCGCUUCACGUUCGCUACUGAUGUGGUGGCGAGCCUCGGCAGAUCCGACGCCUCGGCCGUAUCGUACUCUACACUGGCCAAGGCGGUGGAAAAGACCGCUGCCGAGACGCUCCCCAAGCUUGAGCGUCCAGCGCCGCUAUGGUUUGCGGCGAAGGAGGGCGUUAUGCGUGCACACAUCGUCAACCGCAACGCCACUUUCAGCGCCCAUCAGCGGCAACCGAGGGGCGACGGCGGACACUUACUGCCGCUCGAUAUCGAGAGGCGCGCUCACGCGUGCAGCUCGAUGAUAUAG